AUGGUCGACGAUGCUAUCGGGACUGAAUCGAGAGGUUUUGGAGCGCCACACUCGCGACCGCCGCAUCCACUUCGGGCUCUCUUAGACCGGCGUUUCAGAGAACACGACACGGACCACACGCUGGCUGUUGGAUCAUCUACGCAGAGAGCUGAACUUCGCGCUUCGCUCGAGUCCGACUUGCAGCAGCUUCUGGAGGUCUCUCAGCUUUACAAACGAGCUAUAAUCGCCAGCGCACCCAUAUCUCGCCUUCCUCCCGAAGUCCUAUCUUCCAUUUUCGAACGCUUGGCUUGGAUAUACCCUCCGGUAACUCCGCUGAACGCGAUCGAGGGCGCAGAUGCCUUAGAAAAGCCUGAGGCGGAGGAACCUCUCUACGUAUACCCCAGCUGGGGACGGAGGGGCUCACUUGGAUGGAUCAAAUGCUCGCACGUUUGUCGAUCCUGGAGGUCGAUCCUGCUCGACAUGAGGAGUCUUUGGGCAAAGGUUGUUGGCAUCCUGCCAGCCGCGAUCCCAGAAACGCUCGAACGUGCAGGGAACCGACCCUUACAUUUGACGCUACGCGAGACCUUGGAAAGGCGGAUUCCCUAUAUCCCAUGGACUAGCCUGGACAGUGUUGAAACUAUCCGGUCCAUACACAUUGUCUUCACGCUGUCUGCGGAUGACACAGACAAGUACGUUGAGCUGACCUAUCUCCUGCAUCACACGACCCAUCCUAUACUUGAAGAAGUAGACAUUUUCGGGAACAUGGCAAUACACACAGAGUCAUUCCACAGAGACCUUGCCGCUUCGCUAGACGCCCCGAUGCUACGGACCUUGCGCUUGAACAACUUCUUCACGUUCUUCCGCUCAUGUCCCCUCACUACUCUAUCGCUCGCUUUCAAUGAGUAUCACGAUGAAGCGGAACCCGAGAUGCCUCUGCGUACUCUCCUCAAGGUGCUCCGUCGCGUGAGGGACACUCUAGAAGAUCUCGAACUCCGCGACUGUUUCUCGCGAGCAAGUGUCGACGUAUCCCGAGCGGCCGGACUUGCACCCAUCGUCAUGCCUCGACUCCGGCGCAUGAGGCUCGUGGGACGAACGCCUGAUUUGGACGCUCUGCUCAACUGCCUCGAAACCCCAUCGGGAUGCGCGACCUACUACCGUGCCGUCGACAAAGACACGGACGAAAUGGACUUGCACUCGUGGACAUUCGACUUGUUACGCCGCACGCUUGCUGAUAUGAAAGACACUCUCCCUGAGGGCCACAUCGCCGGCAUCCGUCUCCAACAUGCUUGGGACGCAGACGAGGACCUCGACAUCCACUCUUGGCGUGGACCUUACGCGGACUUCUGGUACACACCCACUGCGGAUGUGCACCGUUACUCUACCCUGGAAUGCUAUCAGAGGUUCAGAUGGUACUCGCCAAACCUCAACCUAUUCCCCUUGACGCGGACGCUCUUCGACCCUGCUGGACCAAGUCAAGGGCGAGUUCUAUCUGAAGUUCACAUCCUACGCAUCACGCAUCGCCCGUCCUUCUACAUGAGCGACUUCGAGCUCAUGUGCGUCUCGCGGCAGUUGCCCAACGUCCGUGUCAUCAUCAUGGACGCGCCGUGCAUCAUGAUCUUCCUCAACACCGUCGGAGGUUGGCGUGGGAUGCCCACUGAAGCCGCGCUCGGAGAAGACGCGGCACCAGUGUUGCUCUUUCCCGGCCUCGAGUCCGUCUGGAUGACGAAGGGAGCAUUUGAAUACGAUCCCAUCUCAUGCGAGCGCCUUGUCGCGCUCGUGCGCGAACGAGUCUCGCGGGCCGAUGGUGCACAGGGCGGCGCUCCUCUGCUCCGGCGCGUAGUUGUCGAUGCCGAUGUGGCUUUGGCUGAUCCCGAGAAGGAGAAAUGGGCAGUUGAACAGCUGGGUGCCAUGGUGGAUCUGCAGUGGAUGGCUUAG